GUGACUGACUCCCGCAACUCCGAAUCACGUGCUGAGCCUUUGACGUUCCCGUUGCGGAGAGCGAUCGAGUUAGCGUCGCCGAAAGUCACAGCUCACCACCAGUGUGAUCUCACCCCACUUGGACACUCGCACACGCUCUAUCUCUCCUAUCUGUCUCUCUCUCUCUCUCUCUAGUUUCGUCUCCCACCCCCACAAAACUGACACCAGUCAGUCCCUCUCCAUGACCCCACGGUCAAAACAACAAUCAGCGCAGGAAACCUAGGGUUUUUUUCCCGUAGUCUCCGACUUCGAUUCCUCAUGGACGGAGCUGAUUCGUCGGGCUCGGGCCUUCACAAUCCUCGCGCCGAGUCCGACAGCAGAAGCUCCGACCCGAUUGCGGCGGCCGUGGAGCUUUUCGGGCUCUCGAACGCCAACAGUGCCCACCCGAUGCACGGUCCCCAGCUCAUCGGAGUGACGGCGACGGUGACCGAGAUUGGCGGCGGGAAGCGGAAGCGAGGUCGGCCGCCGAAGGGUCAGUCGAAGCAAACGCCGUUGAAGAAACGGAAGGAAGACGAGGAAGAAGACGUUUGUUUUAUCUGCUUCGAUGGUGGGAGCCUCGUGCUCUGCGAUCGCAAGGGUUGCCCCAAGGCAUACCAUCCAGCUUGCAUAAAGCGGGACGAGGCAUUCUUCCGAUCCAAGGCGAAAUGGAAUUGCGGUUGGCAUAUAUGUAGUAGUUGUCAGAAGGCUGCCCAUUACAUGUGCUACACUUGCACAUAUUCCUUGUGCAAGGCAUGCGCUAAAUAUGCUGACUAUGUGUGUGUACGAGGGAACAAAGGCUUCUGCACAACAUGCAUGAAAACUAUCAUGCUGAUUGAAAAUAAUGGCCAAGGGAACAAGGAAAUGGUUCAAGUAGAUUUUGAUGACAAGAGUAGCUGGGAGUAUCUUUUCAAGGUAUACUGGGUUCUCUUGAAGGAGAAGCUGUCUUUAACUUUAGAUGAGCUUACUCAAGCUCAAAAUCCUUGGAAAGCAGCUGGUACUGUGGCCUAUAAGGCGAAAUCUUUGGAUGUGCAUUAUGGUGGUAAUGAGGGCAAAGUUGCUAUUCCAAGCAUUACUUCUAGACUCCUGGAGGCAAAUAACUGUGAUAGGCCAAAAGAACAGCUAAACUUACCUAAAAAAGGUGGCUCUCCCAGCACGGACAGGUCAAUUAGUGACAAUAACAGCAUUUCUAUGGAAACCAAAGAGUGGGCAUCUAAAGAACUCUUGGAGUUUGUUGCACACAUGAGGAAUGGCGAUACAUCUUUCCUAUCUCAGUUUGAUGUCCAGACGCUUUUGCUAGACUAUAUAAAGAUAAACAAUCUUCGUGAUCACGGUCAGCAAAGUCAAAUCAUUUGUGAUUUGAGGCUUAGAAACCUGUUUGGGAGACCACUUGUGGGUCAUGUUGAAAUGUUAAAGCUUCUUGAAUUUCACUGUCUUACGAAAGAGGACUCAAGGAAAGAUGUAAUUCAAGACAAUACUGUUCAUGAUGUUUUGAGCCAGGUUGAGGGUGAUGGAAACAAUGAUAACCUAUUCAUGAUGGGUAAGCAUAAGAAACAUAAAACUCGUGGAAAGGGCGACGAGAGAGGACCACAAAUAAAUCUUGAUGAGUAUGCUGCAAUUGAUGUUCACAACAUUAAGUUGAUCUAUUUGCGGCGUGAUUUGAUGGAAAGUCUACUUGUUGAUAAUGGAAAGUUCCAUGAUAAGGUUGUUGGGUCGUUUGUGCGAAUAAGAAUUUCUAGUGGUGAUCCAAAUAUAGAUAUGUACAGGCUUGUCGAAGUUGUAGGUACUUGUAAGGUGGCAGUCCCGUAUAAAAUUGGUGACAAGACAACAGAUUUCAAGCUUGCGAUAUUAAAUUUGGACAAGAAAGAGAACAUAUCAAUUGAUGCUAUUUCCAAUCAAGAGUUCUCUGAGGAUGAAUGCCAAAGAUUACGUCAAACUAUAAAAUGUGGGCUUGUUGCAGGGUUGACAGUAGGUAAGGUGCGGGAGAGAGCUAUGGCACUUCAGGAAGUGAAACUCAAUGAUCGGCUGGAAACGGAGAUAUUGCAGCUCAAUAAUCUUCGGGAUCAAGCAAGUGAAAAGGGGCAUAACAAAGAGCUUAGAGACUGUGUAGAGAAACUAGAGCUUCUGAAGACACCCGAGGAAUAUCAGCGCAGGCUACAUGAGAUACCUGAUGUACAUGCGGAUCCAAAUAUGGAUCCUAAUUGUCACUCUGAUGAAGAUCCUGCUGUAGAUAGCAACCAUAUACAAGAUGAGCAUGCAAAACCAAGAUAUUCUGGAUUAAGUAGAAAUGAAAGGGAUCCAAAUCUGAACUCUUCUCUGAAUGAUGAUGUUUCAUAUCAUUCUGGCAGUAGAAGCAUGUCGUCUCCAUUUUACUUGGACAAAGGAGCUUCUAGCAGGGAUAUAGAAAGAAAGAACAAAUCCUUGGUUAAUGAGGGAAAAGAUGCAUGCGGAUCAAAUAUCUAUGAGAAACCAGGAAACCGGGUUGAUUCAUCUGGUUCAGUCGUUGGCGGUUGGAAUAAUCAAAUUGGAUCUUUUUCUGGGGUUGGAUCAGAAGCUUCAGUUGCAUCUCUCUCUACUGGCAGCGCACCAGUUGCUUACGAUAGCGAAAUAGACAAACUGUGGCACUACCGAGACCCAAAUGGAAGUAUACAAGGACCGUUUUGUAUGUUGCAGCUGCGUAAAUGGAGAACCACUGGAUACUUCCCACCUGAUAUGAGGAUAUGGAGUUUAAAUGAUGAGGAAGGCCACUCUUUUCUCUUGAUGGAUGUAUUGGAUGGACAUUUAAGUAAAUCGACGUCAAUGGGAUAUGCAUCUUUACCAACGCAGGAAGUUAUUAAAGGUUCCUCCGAUGGUGGAUUACGCAACUGUGAUGGUGGUCAGUGGAGUGGCAGUAUGAAUGAAGCAGUAGCCCAGUCUAAAGCUAGCAGGGUAUACAUGAAUGAUAUUCAGACCGGAAGUUCUAACUCUGAGCACCCCCAAGUGCAUUGUCCAGCACCUUCAGUUGUAUUUAUAGAGCAGGCCCAUGAACCUUCUCUGCAUCAAGCAAGCGGUGAUGAGGUACAAAUGUCUUUGAAUCGUGUAAAUGGGAUUCCACAUGGAAACACUGUGCAUCAGACUACUGGUGGACAGAUUCAUGAGAACCAAUCCUCUAGUCUGACUGUAAACUAUUCUUCAAACAACUGGGAUUCCAACUCUGGUUUUGCUUCUGUUGUGAAUUCAACUGACAUGGUAGAGAAAAUAUUCGGAAUUGAUAUCAAUCUGCCUAGUCCACCGCGAAAGACUAGCAAUGGGGACUCCAACGGUCCUUCUACCCAAAAUCAGCAGUCGGUGCCGUCAAAUGGUUUUGUUCAAGAUUUAAAUAUACCAAAUCUGCCAAGUUCCACAUCCAAGCCGAUUGAUGGGGAUGAGAAAGCUGACUCUACUAUCCAUAAUGUGCCAAGUCCCCAAACAAAGCCAGCUGACAAGGAUGAGAAUGCUAAGGCCAUUGACAACAAACAGUUUGUCUCCACAGAUUUCGAGGUGCAACUUCCUGAAGUAUCUCAUAAAUGGGGUGGAUAUUCCUCUACUCACACAAAACCUUCUUUUGAGGAAUGGAAUUCGGGUUUCCUGUCUUCAAUUAAAUCACCUCAAGUGGGCAACGAUCGUGCUGCUAUUUCUACUUCUAAGUGCGAUGAACUUGCUACUCCUUCCCCACCCCAUCCUUCAUGCAGUUGGCUGGCAAGUGUCACUGAGCCCAUCGAGAUUAGCACUUUGGCUGAGGAAUCAGUCUCCGAUUUGUUGGCUGAAGUUGAUGCAAUGGAGUCUCAAGGCGGUGGUGAUCUCGCUUCCCCUACUUCGGUGAAUGGCGGUGAGGACUUGUUUCAUGAUUCUAAAAUCGAUUGUUUUACUUCCCAUAUGUCGUUGGUCCCUCCACUUGUGAAAAAUGUCGGUUUGGCCUCCACGGAGGAGAUAAAUUUACCACCACCACCACAACUUACUCCGACUGUUGAACGAAUUCGAGCACCAUCUCAGGGUGGUGUCCUUGAUCCUGUAAAGAGGUCUAGUAAGAAAUCCUCUACCAGCUCUAAAGUGGAGGUAGAAACUAAGCUAACUGAACCAUCCACCAUCGGUCGGGAUAUGGUUGAUGGAAAACAUAUGGAAACUGGUGUUGGCCGAGCGUUGACUCAAGGGAAUUCAAAUAGGGGAAUAGGACACGCUCAAGGGACACCUCGGGGAAGUUCAAACCCGAACCGGAGCGCUUCGUCUGGAUUUACAGGGCGGGACUCACAUUCUAAAUAUGGUGGUGAGCGAUUAGUGAGCCCAAGAGACCGGGCUUUCCAAAGCCCAAGAGACCAGAGCCCAAGAGACCGCGAUUCAGGAUUUAGCAGGGGUAGGCCUUCGGGGAAUAGUAGGCAGUCAUCGUUUGGUGGCAGUAGUGGUGGUGUUGGUGGUGGUAGCAGCGGCGGUGGUUACUCCAGGCCACAGCCUAAAGGGCCGCGAGUUUGUAAAUUUUUUGAAAGUGGGUAUUGCAAGAAGGGAGCAGCUUGUAAUUAUUUGCAUCAGCGAUGA